AGUUCUAAAGAAAUGCUCUCCUUUUUUUCUAAUAAAGCUUUCUGCAGAAGACGAACUGUACACAAUAAACAAGAAAUCAGAUAAAACUACUUGAUAAAAAUGACUUCUUGUCAUGUUACUAAAGAUCCUAUAAAAAAGGUUGCUAUCUUUGGAGGAACUCAUGGGAAUGAGUUAACAGGAGUAUUUCUAGUCAAGCACUGGCUGGAGAAUGGCACUGAGAUUCAGAGAACAGGGCUGGAAGUAAAACCAUUUAUUACCAAUCCAAGAGCAGUGAAGAAGUGUACCAGAUAUAUUAACUGUGACCUGAAUCGAGUUUUUGACCCUGAAAAUCUUGGCAAAACAAUGUCAAAGGAUUUGCCAUAUGAAGUGAGAAGGGCUCAAGAAAUAAAACAUUUGUUUGGCCCAAAAGACAAUGAAGAUUCCUAUGACAUUAUUUUUGACCUUCACAACACUACUUCUAACAUGGGAUGCACUCUUAUUCUUGAAGAUUCCAGAAAUGACUUUUUAAUUCAGAUGUUUCAUCAUAUUAAGACUUCUUUGGCUCCAUUACCCUGCUACGUUUAUCUUAUUGAACAUCCUUCCCUCAAGUAUGCAACCACUCGUUCUAUAGCCAAGUAUCCUGUUGCCCCGCGUUGGUGGGUGCCAUGGGCGGCUGCGGACUUCGCCUCCAUUGGCGUGGCUUAUGCGGCAGAGCUGGGCUUAGAUCCUGCGGCCUGCGGGAUGGACGUGCUCCAGAGUCUCCAGAGCCCACGCCUCCGAGACCGCGAGAGAUGGGAAAUGCGUGCGCCCGGUAUGCUGAUGGCUCUGCGCGGUGCUCCCUGA